AUGGAGAGCAAAAGAGACGGACCAGACGACGACCAGAUGGAAAUUGUCUGGCAAACUCCGGCGAAUCCUCCUCAACGCCAUGAUUACAUUUUCCGUGACGGCAUAAGAUAUGUGCGGCCCUACUAUUUUGAGUUCAUUUCACAUGCUAAGAAUAGGUGGGCAGGGAAGACGAUUGUCGAGUUGUUCGCGGAUGAAUUUAAAGGGCGGGAUCGCGAUUAUUAUGCGUGUGCGGUGAAGGCUGGACGUAUAAAAGUUGAUGGACAGAUUGUACCUGUGUCGCACGAACCCCCAGUUUUGGCGAAUGAUAUUCAGAUUCUCCACAGUGAACCGGAUGUCUUAACUAUCUAUAAACCUGCAUCAGUUCCUGUGCAUCCAUGUGGGCAAUAUAGGAAGAACACAGUUGUUGGUAUACUUCAGGCUGAGCAGGACUUGGCACCAUUGUUUCCAAUUCAUCGGUUGGACCGUUUGGUCUCAGGGCUUCUUAUCAUCGCCCGAAGUGCUUCAAAGGCUGACAUUUUCAGGCAACAGGCAAGAGAGGUGAAGAAACAAUAUGUCGCCAGGGUGAUUGGAGAAUUUCCUGACAACGAGCAAACAGCUAAUGCAAACAUCAACUACAAUGCUCGAGAAGGAAAGAGCACGGCAGAGGUAAACAGUGUUUCUAAGGGGAAGGUUGCUUGCACAAAAUUCACCAGAAUAAGCGCUAAUGGAACAGAAAGCAUCGUUUUGUGCGAGCCAAUCACUGGCAGGACUCAUCAGAUACGUGUGCAUUUGCAGUUUCUGGGACGUCCGAUAGCUAAUGACAUGCUUUACUUGUCGGAAUGUGUUCCUCAACGUUCCACCAAAGUAUUGAGCGCGGAUAGAGCUGCAAAUAAUUCAGUUGAAGAUUUUGCCAUUGAUCAUAUGUGUACCAACUGUCCAAAUCUGGCGCCUAAAGGAUAUGAUGGUCGUGAAGAAGGUUUAUGGCUGCACUGUGUUAGAUACUCGGGGCCUGGCUGGACUUACGAGUGCCCAUAUCCCGACUGGACAUCGCUAAGCUAG